AUUAACAAAAAGUCAGCCUGCAUCAUAAAUAUAUGUAAUUUUUAAUCAAUAAAAUUUAAUAUUAAUCAUCCCUUUCUCUCUAUAAUUGUUAUUUUUUUUCGCUCUUGGAGGAUCAAACGUGUUUGCAAAAGCUAUAAGAAAUGGCUCCGUCGUCAUUUCUAAGCGUCGCAAACUUCGUUGAGGCAAUACUUCGCCGGAGAUUCUCCUCCGCUGGUCUCUCUCUGCAAACACAAUCCAUAGACUCCGAAACCACCAUACAGUUUUGGAGCCCACCACCGUCUCCGUCGCCGGAAAAUAAAGAGAAACCGUCGCUCCUCCUCCUCCACGGGUUUGGCCCUUCCGCUUUAUGGCAGUGGAGCUAUCAGGUAAAGCAACUCUCUCUCUCCUUCCGUCUCUACAUUCCCGACCUCGUCUUCUUCGGCGGCUCCACCACGUCUUCUUCUUCCACGGAGGAGAAUCGGUCGGAGAUGUUUCAGGCUUCGAGCAUGGGGAAGCUGAUGGAGAAGCUCGGCGUCGAGAGGUUUAGUGUUGUCGGGACGAGCUACGGUGGGUUUGUGGCGUAUAACAUGGCGAAAAUGUUGCCGGAGAAAGUGGAGAAAGUGGUUCUUGCUAGCUCCGGCGUUAAUAUGCGGCGGAGUGACAACGAAGCGUUCAUCGCCAGAGCCAAGUGCCGUAGUGUCGCGGAGGUGAUGCUUCCUUCCUCGGGAACGGAUCUCCGGAGAUUCUCUGGGGUGAUUUCUUCUAUGAGACUCGAUUAUGUGCCAAAUUUUGUCUUGAACGACUUUUGCCAGAAAAUGUAUUCGGAGAAGAGAGAGGAAAAAGCAGAACUUCUGGAGGGGCUAAGUAUUGGGAGGGACGAAAAAUCAAACGUUUCUCCAGUUCAACAGGAUGUAAUGCUGAUAUGGGGGGAGCAAGAUCAGGUUUUUCCUUUGAAAAUGGCCUAUGACCUUAAAGAGAUGUUGGGGAAGAAGGCGACGCUGAAAGUGAUACAAAAGACAUCACAUAUUCCCCACACGGAAAAGCCCAAAAUAUUCAAUGGCAUUGUCAUGUCUUUCUUGUUAUCUUCCUCUCCUUCACUAUAAUUGUAACAUCCAUAUUAAACUAAGAGUUACGAAAAUUUUCUGAUUUCAUCAAUGUUAUAAGUGUUCAUGA